AUGGACUCCCUCGAAACCUCGUCGGAUGAUCAAAUCAACGGUGAAGAUUCAACCGUAAAUGUUUACAAACUGUCCGAUAAUCUUUGCGCAUUGGAGAUAAGAAAUGAAUCACUUGUCGCCGAGGUUGAAGCUCUUCGCGAAUCGAAUCAGAUUCUUCACUCAAAAUUGACGGAGAAAGAGGAAAGUUUGAUUAUACUCCAACACCAAAAAGAUGAAGCUUUGAAGCACAAUAUUGAUAUUUCAAAGGAUAUCGAAUUGGGGAUUUCGAAGCUAGUGAGUGCGGUUGAGUUGAAGUUGAGUGAAUAUCAGGAGACGUGGAAGAAGGAGAAAAGGGAAUUGGAUAAUAGUGUGGUGAGCUUAACGGAGGAGAAUCGAGCCAUCAAUAGUUUGCUUAGGGGCUUUUCUUGA